AUGAUGGUGUAUCUCACUCGCUACGCAUUAAACUGUCCGUGCAGGAGCGGAGGCGAUAUAAGCUUGCUGCUGGCGAGAGGAUGGCUGGCUGGCGUUGGUGUGGCGUUGGAGAUGGAGUGGUGCUGCUACCUCGUCAAAGGGUGCUGCUGCUGCGAUGGAGUGGUGCUGCUGCGAUGGAGCGGUGCUGCUGUGUUGGAGCGGUGCUGGUGUGUUGGAGGCGGUUCUGCUGUGUUGGAGGCGGUUCUGCUGUGUUGGAGGCGGUGCUGCUGUGUUGGAGGCGGUGCUGCUGUGUUGGAGGCGGUGCUGCUGAGUUGGAGAGGUGCUGCUGUGUUGGAGGCGGUGCUGCUGAGUAGGGAGUGCUGCUGCUGUGUUGGAGGCGGUGCUACUGUGUUGGAGGCGGUGCUGCUGUGUUGGAGCGGUGCUGCUGUGUUGGAGGCGGUGCUGCUGUGUUGGAGGCAGUGCUGCAGUGUUGGAGCGGUGCUGCUGUGUUGGAGGCGGUGGUGCUGUGUUGGAGGCGGUGCUGCUGUGUUGGAGCGGUGCUGCUGUGUUGGAGCGGAAAAGCAGCAACUGGAGAAGCAGCGACUUGAGAAUCAUCUGAGGCCGCGGGUGGCGAGGUGGGAUAGUGCUGCUGUGUUGGAGGCAACUGGUGCAGGAGCAACUGGAGAAACCUCAACUGGAGAAACAAGUAACAAGACUGGGCAGAAGACCGCGGCAGCAAGGGCGGGCAGCAGUGGAUUUGAGGAGGUGGAGCUUCUAGUGAGGCGCUUUGACCCCCUGGGGGGCAAAGGAUCAACACACAAGGAGCAGCGAGAGGUGGAGCGGCGCCUUCAAGUGAGGCGCUUUGACCCCCUGGGGGGCAAAGGAUCAACACACGAGGAGCAGCGAGAGGUGGAGCGGCGCCUUCAAGUGAGGCGCUUUGACCCCCUGGGGGGCAAAGGAUCAACACAAGAGGAGCAGCGAGAGGUGGAGCGGCGCCUUCAAGUGAGGCGCUUUGGCCCUCUGGGGGGCAAAGGAUCAACACAAGAGGAGCAGCGAGAGGUGGAGCGGCGCCUUCAAGUGAGGCGCUUUGACCCCCUGGGGGGCAAAGGAUCAACACAAGAGGAGCAGCGGGAGGUGGAGCGGCGCCUUCAAGUGAGGCGCCUUCAAAAUAUAAUUUCUGUGCCGCCCCUCUUCUAG